UGUUGAUUGUUUUGUUUUUGAAUGAAUUGUGGAAUUGAGGUUGUAAAAUGAACAGAAAAGUUGAAUAAAGUCAUAAAAUAUUGAUUAAAUCAAUAAUUAAUUGAACAGUGCUUAUUACAUGAUGGGCCGUAGAAAACACUCGGCUGCCGAGAAAGCUGUAACGUGGCUCAGCGAGGAAGUUCAUAACGAUCAAAAUUUUUCCACCUCGUAUCAUUACUACGAAAAAUUCCAAUACAAGCAUAUAGUUGCCGGCUUAGGCGAUUUCGUGCUCGUCUCAAAUGCCGACGCAGCAGAACCUGACACCGAAGAUGGUUGCGACGCGGCGAAAAUUCUGUCUCUAUACGAGGACAGGACGAACAAACGUGACCCAUUCCGAGCUAAAGUACAGUGGUUUUCCAAGUGGAGUGAUUUGCCGAAAGGUUGUUUAAACGAAAACGAACCCAUCGAUUUCUUUGAGAAGGAGGUUGUUGAAGACCACCGGCCGUUUGACACAGAUGUAGAUAUCGAAACAUUCUACAAGAAAUGCUUCAUCACACUCACUGUAACAAAAGACACAGAUGAUAUUUUAAAAUCAGCUCCGUACCACUAUAUCUGCCGAUACAGGCUUCUUCCGCUUGGCAAGAGAAAACUACACUUGGAGCCCGUGCUAGAGACAGAAAGAAAGGCUCUGCAACUGCUGUCCACUCCCAGUAAGAAUAUGACUCCGAAGACACCUAAGACUCCAAACAGUUUAAUCAAAAGAAUGGGCCGUGUUUCAAUUUCAGAAAAGAACUGGAGUGUCUCCAAAAAUGAUGGCACAAAAUUACUCUUAAAGAGAGCUAUUUUAGCUGAUAAAAAUGACAGGGACUCACCAAAGAAAACACCAAAGCCUGUUAAACCAGAAACACCCAAAAGUACAAAAAAACUUCAUGGUAAUGAUAUAGAAGAUGUUCUACUGGAAUUGAAGGUCACCUCUGAUGAUGAACUACCAACCCUCGUUAUCAGAAAGCAUGAGCCCAGCACACCAAAACGUAAGACACCACAAAUCAGAAUAAACAAUGAAACCCCAAAGAAAACUCUAGUCUUCGAAGAUGAGGAUAAAGAUGGUUAUUUGACCCGAUCUGGUCGAGUCAUUAAGAACUUGAAAUCAUUUCGAGAGGAGGUGUCUCCAGUGAAACGGACUCCCAGGCGAGUGAGAAAGAAUAGUAGUGGGAGUGAAGAGGAUUUCAUGAUGGCUCCAAAGACCCCAAAAACUCUCCGUACACCAAAGACACCAAGGACACCACGAGGAAGGCCAUCUGCUGGGAGAACUCCGAGGAGUGUCUCCAAAAGAAUACUGACCAGUGAGCUCACGCCUACACUGCAUACUAGAGCUCAUUCUGUUGAGAACAUUGGAGAAUAUACAAAGGAGAACAAGUCUCUCCCUGGCAGAGAGAACCAGCUUCAUGAGAUAUUGUCAUUUAUAAGAGCAAAACUGUGUGAUGGGAGCAGUGGUUGUAUGUACAUCUCCGGAGUGCCGGGUACAGGGAAGACGGCCACCGUGAACUCGGCACUCAAGAUGCUGAAGGAGGAUACGGAGCUGCCGGAGUUUCAGCUGGUGGAAGUCAACGGGAUGAGGAUAGCCGAGCCCAGGCAGGCUUUUGUGCAGAUAUACAAGCAGUUGACUGGUAAGACAGUUGUAUGGGAGCAAGCUUGUUCACUGUUAGAGAAGAGAUUCACAAAUCCUGGGCCACGGAGAACACCAACUGUACUUAUUGUGGAUGAGCUGGACGCGCUCUGCAAUCGGCGACAGGACGUCAUUUACAGCAUAAUGGAGUGGGCGACUAGCGGCGCGCGACUGACCGUAGUCGCGGUCGCUAACACCAUGGAUUUGCCCGAGCGAAUGGCGGCGCGAGUCGCGUCGCGACUGGGCCUCACGCGACUGUCGUUCCCGCCGUACACGCACACGCAGCUGCAGAAUAUCGUGGCCGCGCGCCUGAUGGGACACAUCGUGCCCGAUGCCGUGCAGCUCGUCGCUAGGAAAGUGGCAGCCGUAUCGGGUGACGCUCGUCGUGCGCUCGCUCUGUGCUCGCGGGCGCUGGAACUGGCCGGGCCGGGGGGCGCGGGGUUCGCGGAGGUGCAGCGGGCGUUGGACGAGGCGGCGGGCGGCGCGGCGGUUCGCGCUAUCAGACGCUGCUCACCCGCCGAGCGACUGAUGCUGCGAGCUGUGGCCGCUGAGGUGGAGCGCACCGGAUCAGACGAGACGACUCUCUCCCGCGCUCUCAUGACAGCUGGUGCGCUGGUUGCACUAGACGGGCGGCCGUACCGCAGCGCGCAUAUCGUCGCACCGACGCCGGCGCAGGCACGGGCAGCAUGCGCGCGGCUGGCAGCACUCAAACUGCUGCUGCUAGAACCCAAACCGGAGCCGCGACUGCUGCUGAAUGUUAGUGCUGAUGACGUGCAUUAUGCGACGAAGCAGAUUACUGUGUAGGUGUUAAAUGCUUGUGUGGAUACGGCUGGCAGCAUUCAAACUGCUGCUGCUCGCGCUCAAACCGGAGCCGUGACUGCUGCUGAACGUUAGUGCUGAUGACGUGCAUUACGCGGCAAAACAGAUCACUGUGUAGGUAUUAUAAUGUUAUAGUCAACGACGGCGUAGGCGCGGGCAGCUGCGCGCGUCUGGCAGCACUUAAACUGCUGCUGCUCGAGCCCAAGCCGGAGCCGCGACUGCAGCUAAACGUCAAAGCUGAUGAUGUGCAGUAUGCGACGAAGCCGAUUACUGUGUAGGUGAUGCAUACGGUCGCGUCAACAGCAUCAGGCAGCUCUCAAUCUGCUUCUGAGCAUUAUCGAUGGCAGCACUUCGACUGUACGUGUCUGCUCCUCAGCACUCGACCCCAUGUAGUUCUUGCGUGAGCUGCCUCAGAUUUGUGUGUAAAGAAUAAUUUUCUGUUUUUUUCUUAAGUAAGUAUGUGUUUUUUGUGACAUUUGAAACUAAUGAGUUACUAACCUACAUGGGAAUAACAACACAGUAUAAUUUAUUAAUUGAAUAUGCAGAAAGUACCACUGUUCUAAGAUCUGUUUUCUUAAUAAAUGAAUUUAAAUGUUUAGUUAACUUUGACAUUAGAUUGUUUUUUAAUUUAUUGAAAUAGUUGAAUGCUUGACGAUGAUUAUUAAUUGUUAUCACAGUUAUUAUUGUAAUGAGUGCCUUGAAA